UUUUUUUGAAAAUUAAUUACUGGGUGAAAUAUAUUUUUUUAAUUUUUUUGGUGCUUUACAACUCUGAAAAGAUGGAUAGAAGAAGUACUGAAGCUUUAAUGAAUGCAAUUGUUGAGACUGGAUAUUGGCGAAAGGAUGGAAAAGGAGCGGCUGUUCAAUUAAUGUUUCCAGCAAUUUACAAACUUAGUUGUCGAAUGAAUGUCCGUUUCUUCCCCUACGAUCAACAGAACUGUAGUUUCAUUAUCUCGUCUUGGACUCAUGAUAGCGCUACAAUUAAUUACCACUAUGAAAGGCCAACAGUUAAUUUAUUAAAUUUUGCCCAAAAUGAUGAGUGGACUGUUAUUAGCUUUAAUUUUGAGAGAAUUGAGCAACAAUUCAAAUGUUGUAAAAAUCCAUGGACUAUGCUUUAUGCUCAUUUGGUUAUUCAACGUAAACCGCUCUACUAUAUAGUCAAUUUGGUACUGCCCACUUCCAUCAUUACAGUCGUUGCAGUCACUGGAUUUUUUACACCUUCUUCAAGCAGCAGCGAAAGAGAUGAAAAGCUUUAUUUGGGAAUUAAUACUUUGAUGACAAUGAUGUUGAUGCUUUUGAUGGUAUAAUAACGUGGAAUUUCUGCGGAUUGAUUUUUGCGACAAAAAAAUUUUGCGGACAACUUGCUUACUUCCACUAGACUUGCGGACAUUCACUCGAUAUUUGCGGACAUCCCUUGGACUUUUGCGUACACCCACUAGACUUGCGGACAUCCGCUCGUUAUUUGCGGACACCCAACAGAUUUGCGGAAAAAUUUUUCUUUAAU